CCUCCCUACCCUUCCCUCGUUACCAUAUACCAUCACCACAGCCUAAUUUAAGCAAUCGAUCACCGAUGUCGGAGGAGAAGCACCACCACCACCACCUCUUCCACCACCAGAAGGAGGAGGAAAAGCCCGUGGAGUCGGUGGAGUACUCGGAGAAGCACCACAAGCACAAGGAGCAUCUCGGCGAGAUGGGCGCGGCAGCCGCCGGCGCCUUCGCUCUGUAUGAGAAGCAUGAGGCCAAGAAGGAUCCGGAGCAUGCACACAAGCAUAAGAUAGAGGAGGAGGUGGCUGCGGCCAUGGCGGUGGGCAGCGGAGGGUAUGCCUUCCAUGAGCACCAUGAGAAGAAGGAAGCCAAGGAGGAAGCUGAGGAAUCUCAUGGGAAGAAGCAUCAUCACCUCUUCUAGAGUGGAUGGAACUUUUCUUUCCCUAUAUCUAUGUAUCUUCCCAUUCUGUUUCUAUAUUAUGUAAGCGUGACAUGGUUUGACAUGGUGUUUAGGGUGAUGUAUUUGGGUCUGACAGCCUGACACCUAAAUAAGUGCCGGUUUGUUCUGGCCUUGUCGUGUAGGCUCUUUAUAUUUUGGUGGCGUGAAGUUGCUCUGUUUAUAUUUGGAUGCAUUUUUAUUCUUGAAGAUUUCCUUUCCUUUUCAAAGUUUUUUGUAAUGGGUUUUUGUAUUAAAACUGAGACGGUGCUCUGCUUUAGUAACGA